UUCUCUCUUGUAUACUGUAGAAACCUACGUAAUUGCAGUACCACUAGAUUGCUACACUGUAACUAAGCCACGGCAGCUUGUAAGUCCUCCUCUGUUCGACGAGGGUACUUUGGCACUUUGAUUGGCUAUUGUUCCCUUAGCAAUUUCUAUGGUAUACGAUUACUCUUCGCAACCCUCGAACGAACGACCACAGCGCUACAUAAACACUCACAAGAACUGCUUCAACUUGUUCGUCGAGUCUUUGAAUUCUGUUCACCUGUAUCUUCACUACUUUUCCUGUCGUUACUGCAACUGGGUCGACAUCCCUUUCGACAAUCAUAUCACGCAACUUCCAUGCGGACUGGGGUUGAAAUCAUCAGACGGCACGCGGCCUGAAGAGGUUGCGACCACGAUGGUUGCAAGGUCUGCUGGGUUUCUCGUACCAAAGGUCGUUCCAUAUAGAGAGCAUCCUGACACACCUUAUGCAUCCGUCUCUAUUCUAUGACCCGCGUACCUGGCAACGACCUAGGUAAUCCCGAGAUUUACGAGCAAAUGCGUGUUGAC